ACAGAGGAGCGUUCCAGCUGCAGCGAAGUCAGUAUAUGUUAAGCAGGCGCGCGCGAUACGAGUUGUCACGUUUACCUUCCGCGAGCGCGCCGCCAUCGCGCAUCGUCGCUGCCACCGUUGCCGACGACAAUCAGCGUCUUUCUCUCCCUCCCUCUCUCUCUCUCUCUCUCUCUCUUCUCUUCGAUAUAUAUCUCAAACGAUAACGUUGCGAAGAGACGCAAAAUUUGAAAAAGCAAGUGCGCAUACCGGACAAGCGGAAGAGUGUUUUUCUUUUCUCCGCUUUCCGCGCUAUCGACUCGUAGUUUUUGAAAGCCGCGCGUGUUCGAAAGCCGCAAGGUUAUCCAGGAAAAUGACGCGACGAAAGUGAAGACGUUCCCGAGCAAAUCGUGCACCGUGCGUAUCCCGAUCACCCCGUUGUCUUUUCCUCCGGUCUUUUCUCCCGUAUUAUUUAUCGUUUCCCCUUUCUCUCUCUCUCUCAACUUCUAUCCCGUUUCUCCCUCGUACUCCGUACGUUCUCCCUCCCCUCGCCAUUUUCGCGCGUUCUCUCUCUCUCGUUCUUUCUCGUUUCUUUGCUCCGACGUUGUCUCGUCGUGGGGUCAGUGUCUGCUCGAUCGGAUCCUGAGCAGGAACAUACCGGCGAACGAGGAGGAAGAGGAGGAGGAGGAGGAGGAGGAAGAGGAGGACGAUCUCUUUCCCUCGGCGCGGACUCUCCUCUCGGAGACUGCAACCGUUGCGACGCGCGUCCGCGCGCGCGCGCGCGCAUACACACCACGUCCUUCAAGGAUCAUCAUUUUCGGAGGAGCGCUCCGAUUUUUCGCGCCGCGCGAUCGAGAGUGACGGUGACGACGAUGUGACGACCUGACGCGACAACGCAUCGUCGCGGGAUCGACACACCGAACAGUUCGAUUACUAUUGCGCCGAGACUCUCUUCGCCUGCGUCCCGUUCGCGGUGCAGGAAACUCUCUCUCUUUCUCUCUCUCGCUCGCUCGUUCCUUAUCAAGUCGCUCCUCUCGCGUAGUAUCACUCGUUUUUUUUCACUCGCUCAUUCCCCUCUACCUCCUCUUUCUCCGCUAUCAUUCCCCGUCUCCGUUCUUCUCUCGCGUGCCCUCGCACGCGCUUUUUCCGUCUCCCGCUUCUCCGUCGUCCGCCUCCUCUCUCUCUCUCCCUCUCUCGCUCUUGCACUUUGCGGCCAUCCCGCCGCUCGCUCGCUCGCCCGCGUGUUUUCUCGCGAGCGAAUACGAGAAAAAGGAGAAACGCGAGAGCGGAGAGCGCGAUUGAUACCAGCGCGCGCGCGAGAGAGAGACACGCCGCCUCUCCGGAGGGAAGGAACGAGAUCUCGGACUAGCCGCGAGUUUGUGUUUUUGUUUAUCACGGACGCGGACUGCGCACCGGUAUAACUGCACGCUGCCCUGCGCUGGAGGUGCGCGAGAAGGAAGCUGCUGCAAGUGGAGGACGCCCAUUGGAAGGACGAUUCGUCGCUGGAGGCGUUCGAGGGAGAGAGAGAGAUCGUCACGGAGUCGUUCAGGAGUCAUGGCCUUCUGUUUCGUGAGAAGGGAACAAAUUUCAUAGCUUGAGCCGAGCGCCGUGCUGGUUGGAUUCGUGCGAGGAUUACUGAUCUUGGAAAAUUUUUUCGAGGAGAAAAAGAAGGAGAGGAAGUCUUUGAGGAAGAGACGCAUAAGAACCCGAAGAAUUUAAAGGCGGAGAUAAACGAUGGAUCAUGAGGAAACACGGUUCCGGCUGGUAGCAGACGAGCGGUCGGCCACGCUUGCACCCUAUCGUCGAUCGCUGUUGUCGACGAGUUCCCGGUACGUCCAAUCCCGAAGCAAGCGGCAGGUGUCGCGUGUGACAGCAGACACGAGCUCGAUAGGUGCGAUAAUCGAGGGUGGCCCGGUCGUUGCCGCCGCCGGGCCGGCGAUGCGACGAUGAGCUCGCCGAGGGUGCUGCUACCCCUCCACACCCGACCAAAGCCCCGCGUAAUAGCAAGGCCGGGUAGUCUCGAAAACUGCAUCAACGAGGCCGAGCGACGAGGAGCGGCAGGCGGUUCAAGGCCGAAACUAUCCGCGUGGCCAUGGACCACGAGGCGAGGAACGGAACCAGCAGCAACGUCAACGAGGAGUACACCAAUAUUUACUUCAUCGUCGGCGACCGCAGGGAGACGGCCACUUACAAGGCGAACCAGGUCACGGACAUGGAACUCAAGGAACUCUUUAGAAGCGCGGCAGAGGCUGGUCCUCUGGACAUCGUAAAGCUUCUCAAGGGGGACAAGCUCCUCAAUAUUUCGACUCAUCUACCGGCAAACACACCCGAAACUCCUUAUGUUCUUCAGAUCGUUGGCGCUCACCCCGCUUCUUCAGGGGUGAUUGAGGCGGAGGUACUUUGGGCUUUAGAGAGGCGCGUGGCGGCUUUAGAGCGGCAACUGCGAGAGCAUCAGGAAGCUUUAUACGCCGCACCCUCCGUCACCCUACGAGAACUCAAACGUCAAGUGGACAGUUUCAAGAACAAAUUGGAAAACAACGAUCAACUGAGCUGGCUUAGUUUCUACAGGCUUCCAGAGCCCUAUACGGAUUCCUGCCACAGAUUACAGUACCGUCGGAAGAGUGAUAGCAUGAAGCGGAAAGUUCGGGAGAAGUUCCUCAAUAUCUGUGACGUGACGAUCUCGUCGAGCGUUCGCGAAUGGUUACGCUCGCCGGCCUUCGAUGCGCGACAGUGGGAAGACGAAGAGCUGUUGCUGAUGCUGCAGACGAUGUUCGUCGACCUCGACCUACCUCAAAAAUUCAAUAUUCCUUUGCCGAUUCUGAGGAACUUCCUCUACGAGGUCUACAAUAACUACAACGAGGUGCCGUUUCACAAUUUCAGGCACUGCUUCUGCGUGGCGCAAAUGAUGUACGCGAUAGCCUGGGCGGUGGACCUUCCGUCGAAAAUUGGCGACCUCGAGGUUCUCAUACUGAUUGUCUCCUGUAUCUGCCAUGAUCUCGACCAUCCCGGCUACAACAAUAUCUAUCAGAUAAACGCGCGGACUGAGCUGGCGCUGCGGUACAACGAUAUCUCGCCCCUGGAGAAUCACCAUUGCUCCGUGGCAUUUCGCGUUCUGGAGGUACCCGAGUGCAAUAUCCUUGCAUCUUUGGACAACCCUACGUACAGAAUAGUGCGCGAGGGGAUCAUAAGGUGUAUCCUGGCGACCGACAUGGCCCGGCACAACGAGAUCCUCAGCCAGUUCAUCGACAUCACUCCCGAAUUCGAUUACACUAACAAAGCGCACAUAAAUCUGCUGUCUAUGAUCUUAAUCAAGGUGGCUGAUAUAAGCAACGAGGCCCGACCGAUGGAAGUCGCGGAACCGUGGCUGGAUAGGUUGCUUCAAGAGUUCUUCAAGCAGAGCGACGCGGAGAAACUCGAAGGUCUUCCGGUCACACCCUUUAUGGAUCGCGAUAAAGUGACCAAGCCAUCCUCUCAAGUUAGCUUCAUCGGCCUAGUUCUCCUCCCUCUCUUCGAAGCUCUCGGCGAACAUCUACCCGAGCUGCAGGAUCUCAUAGUUCGACCAGUCAGGGAAGCUCUGGAGUACUAUCGUAGACUGAAUGAGGCGGCCAAGGACGAGCGUCAUCAUCGGAAGAGCGUCGUGGACGUUGGAGAGUCGGCUCCGCCUAACGCGCUAAUUAGUACCGGUACUGCGUCCACCAUUAUCAAGUCUACGUCGUCACAUAGCAUGCGCUCAAAAAGAUCGGCCACGACAAUUCAUUCGCGUUCGCGCUCCACCGACGAUGAUAUCACGGAAAACUUGACGAUGGAAGAGGCAGAAAACAUUGAGAGCUCCGAUCCGGAAACGGCCACGGAAGUGGAGAUCAGUGAAAAGACGCUCAAAUUCAAGAUCUCCACGGAGGGCACGCUGGCCGGCCCGAUCUCCGGUCGUAAGAGCUAUCCCGGCAGUCGGAAGGGCAGCCGAGAAAAGUCCUCGUUAGAUUAUCACAAUCACGAUCUGGCCAAAGCCGUGCGGGAUCACGAACGCGAGAGGAGACGCAGUAAGGGCGAGAAUCUCGGCAGUGACUUAAGUUCACCGGUGAGCGCGAGAUCUGCCGAGGGCACACGCAUCGUCGAGGAAAGAGAAACGGUUUUUUUAGAUGCUAAGAUUGAGAGCAAAACGCCCGAGGGAAACGGCAACGUCGUCGCAGCGGAGGCCCACUCGCAGCCGACAAACAACGUACGGAAAACCAGCAGUGUCAUAGAGAACGAUCAGGACAAUAGACCUAGCCGCAAAGAUGCGCACAGCAGUCGGGAAUCGAUCGGUCUGCGAUGUUGCUGCGACGACAAGACCGGGCCGAAUAAUAAAUCUCUAUUCUCGCGACUGAGAAACUUUACGGACCGCCUGAGCAUGAGCUUCGACUCCAAGGACUCGCCUAGUCCGAAACCGAAGCACGCGUCAAAGAUGCUCAACAAAAGUAACUCGAUUAGCAGCAGUUCGGCCACGACCACCUCAUCGAGGCAUCAUAACUCUUUGUUUAUUUGCAAGCGUUGCAAUCUGAUCAAGUCUCCGGUUAAAGACAAAGCGGCUAUUGCAACCGUAGUGGAAUUAUCAGCGGUGGACAAACGAGCGAUGACUUUGCCGAAGAUUCGAAAAUCUGCGGAUAGUAAGAAUAAAAGCUGGCGGACAGUAUUUGCCAAGGAAAAGAGAUCGUCCACUUCUUUGGAGGCUCUACCGGCAACAGGUUCUGGCUUUCGCUCCAAGCACCGUAGAAAUUUAUCGAAUCCCGAGAGCAAGUCGCAAAGUCUAAAGGAAGCGAAGACUCGACACGCUUUGGACAUCGAGUUCCAUGAGAUCGACGUUCGUCCGAAGAAUCAACAACCUGAAAUCAUAGUUAAUCCCGAUAAUACCUGUUGCGAUAUCGAGGAAGAUCUCGGCAAGAUAGAAAUCAGAAGAAGUUCAGCCAGCAUGGAAGACAUCUCCAAAAUGGCGAAACAGGCAGCGGAGACCAGCGUACUGGGCGUGCUAGAUCCGAAGAAGGCAGAGGAGCGUCCUCAUACGGGCAGUUUAGACUCAAUGCUAUGCAAGGAGAUAUCUAAGUCGCGAAAGAAGCAUUCCACUGUAUUCUGCUCGCCCGCGACGACGAAGAAGUCGUCGCCUGGACUGUUCUCGCGAUUUAAAUCUGGUAUGAGCAUCGAUAGCACUCGAAGUAACAGCAACAGCGAUUCUUUGCACGAUCACGGUUCACAAAGCGGCUGGAUAUCCUCAUUGACCGCCAGCUUUCGACCGAAGAGACAUCCGAACGAAACGCCACUAUCGCCACAUCCACCAAGGUCGCCCAGCAGAGAGGAGAUCAAGUGAUACGUCCUGGUGGUCGAGGAUUCCUCUGAAAAGAAGCUUAGCCUCCGUAGCUGGUGGCCCGAGAACUUGUUCUGCUGCAAUAGCUAAGACUCGAGCGCGAAAGUUUAACGUCUAGAGAGGCUAAUUUAGACUCAUAAAUAUCCGGGAAUAUUUGUCAUCGUAUUCUUAUUACUCGCGUAAAAAAAAACUAGUAAAAUGAUUUUAAAAAAUUUUUUAAGAGUUUAAAUUUUUUAAUGCAGAGAUGUGAUCUUGCGUGCUUCUCAGUAAUAAAUUUUCGAUUAAACGUGUCGACGUUCAAUAAGUCUAUUUUACGAAAUAAAAUUCAUCAUAAAUUCUCGCGAGUAAUUCGCAAUGGUCAAUAGCGCACCACAUGAUGCGUCUGUAAUGAUACAAAUGAAAUAUUUCUUCACGUAAUAUUAAAAACGAUUAAUUUGAAUAAACGUAUUUGCUCGAACAUGCCACUUAUCGAGGAAACGUUAGGUACAGAUGUUACAUGAUUAUCGAAUGGAUUAAAUUCUUUUUGCGGAGGAAUCCUCAGACCGAUCAUGAUUUCGUGUCAUCGACUUUUAGUGUUUUAUGUCACGAUUUUGCAAAAAUCGAGAUACAUUUAUUUGUGAAGGGCACCUACGGCCUGUGGCAUACGAGUUGUGCGCUAUAUAAACUAUUUUAUUUAUUGUCCAAUUAAAGAAUAGCCUAAUGAGUAAUCAUUAAUGUUGUUCGUUACUAAACAUAUAUAAAUAUAGGUAAAGUGCAGAUAUAUACAAAGACAUAAGGAUAUAUACAAUUCCAUCGUGCAAAAAAAAAUCUAUAAUGUACACAAGCAAGUGAAAAAUUAUAAAUAGAUGAAAAAAAGAAGAACAAGAAGAAGAAAAAGAAGAAGACAAGUAGAUAUAUUAUAAGCGUGAUUCUGUUGUAUCGAUGUACGAUUAAGUUUCAGGAACUGUAUGUAACCAAGAAUGUGAGGUAAGAGAAUACUCUCUGUCAGACUAUUUUAAUAGAAUAUCUAGAAUGAUCGCGUGUUUUCAGACAACAUUAUCAAAAUUCUUUAGAGAUAUUACCGUUUCCUGAAAGCACAUGAUUUAUUCCGAGAUAAUUUUGAGAGAAAGAAAGAGAGAGAGAGAGAGAGAGAGAGAGAGAGAGAGAGAGAGAGAGAGAGAGAGAGAUGUAUAUAUUCGUGAAGCUUAGAAUAUUCUCAGAAUAUUAUUUUCAUUUUCACAAAAAUUAUCUUCAUCUCAUAAAAUUAACACGAAAAUUGUCACGAAAAGAGAAAAUGGAAUUCGGAAUAAUUAUUGCAUCGUUUGUCUAGAUAGGAAGUUUCAUCGAUUUAUUUGACCGUUCGAAGAAUGCUGAGAGAAUCGUGUCGCUACCUUUUAUGUGGCUGUGUUACUAAAGUGCAAUCCAACUUGGAAGACGAUUAGUUAAACUUUUCAUUAGCGUAUUAAUUAAAAAGAGGAGAUCUAUAUCUAAGAUUUCUCAAAAGAGAUUGGCGCGGAACUUUUGCAAAAUGUUUCUCAACGUUUCUUCGAGUGCAAACGCGGUGAGAAAGAGCGCAAUUUUGGAAAGUACGUAACUUUUUUAAUGGACCUCUUUUCAACAAACUGUUCGUAAUUUUGAAUUCUCGACAUACGCAUAAACACAUUCAAUUACUAUGGCAUCCUACUUUUUAUUUUAGUUAUUUAUACUUUUAUCAAUUGCGUUUAUACGGCGAUUUAAAAUCAUGUGUAUUGUUGAAAUCUAGUCUUAUAUUAUCGUCUUCAAAACAAAAGAUUUUGGGCGCGUUUUAUUUUUGUGCAAGAGGAGAAAUUCGAUACGCAUGCGAAUGAGCGAGCGAGCGAGCGAGCGAGCGAACAAUUCUGCUAAUUAUUUGACAGAUUAUUUGAUAAACAAUUAUUAUUUUCCUCUCUCUUUCUCUCUCUUUUUCGUGCCAUAGAAUCAGAAACUUGUCGAUUAAACCAAAUGGAAUUAAACGCAUGACAACACAGACGUAAAAAAAGCAAUUUUUAUUUUAAAUUUUACAAACAGGAAUAAAGAUUGUGUUAAUUACGCUAUCUUUUUAUUCGGCAAAUUUCGAAAAUCGGAUAAUUAUAUCAGACAGCAUAUGUUUUAUAAACCUUCCUCUUCGGAAUUAGUGUACUCACUUUUCUAUGAUAAGAACAUCUGCUAUCAAAAAAAUAACAAAAAGCACUUAAGAAAAAGAAAAA